AGCUGACCUGCCUCUGAAAGCUUCAACAUCCUCUGCUACGACCAACUCCGACUAACUCGAACUUCAUCAUGGUGUCACUGGGACGACAGAUGCUGGGCUUUGUCCUGGCCGUCAUCGGCUUCCUGGGGUCCAUCAUUGUGUGCGCCCUGCCGAUGUGGAAGGUCACGGCCUUCAUCGGAGCCAACAUUGUGACGGCGCAGGUCAUCUGGGAAGGCUUGUGGAUGAACUGCGUGACGCAGAGCACAGGUCAGAUGCAAUGCAAGAUCUAUGAUUCUCUGCUGGCUCUGCCUCAGGACCUUCAGGCCGCCAGAGCUCUCGUGGUCAUCGCCAUCAUCGUCGCUGUUUUCGGGGUCAUCCUGGGCAUCGCCGGGGGAAAGUGCACCAACUUCGUGGAGGACGCACGCGCCAAAUCCAGAGUGGCCAUCGCUGCUGGGAUUAUCUUCAUCUGCGCCGGUGUUCUUGUUCUCAUCCCCGUGUGCUGGUCUGCCAACACCAUCAUCAGGGAUUUCUACAACCCCAUCCUGACCAACGCCCAGCGGAGAGAGCUGGGCGCCGCUCUCUACAUUGGCUGGGGCACAGCUGCACUUCUCAUCCUGGGUGGAGCCCUCCUCUGCAGCUCUUGUCCACCCAAAGACAGCCCAGAGUAUCCAGUCAAGUACUCCGGUGCCAGGUCCACGGCUACCAGCCGAGCCUACGUCUGAGAGCUCCAUCCUACCGAGAGAGACUGUAAAUUAUUUUCUUGAGCGAUUGAUAGCACCACGAGUUGCCUCACUUUCUUUGCCACAGUGACACUCAGUGAGAUCAGAUUUUCUUUUGAGAAAUUCAGAAUCCUUUGAUGGAAGUGAGAGAGUGUGUUUUUGAAGGAAGAAGAAACACAGUGCAAAGAUGUGGAAAGAAAAUCUGCCUCAAUCACUGGACUGGAUGAGAGCUAUUUUAUAUCGAGCUUGUAUCAAACCUUAUUAUUCUCUGAAUGUCUGGUGGCAAAUCAAAGCUGUGCUACAAGAAUGUAAAUGGUCCCAGGAGAGGGAAAUGUGUACAAUACCACUGGUAUAUUGUGAAUUUAUGUGUACAAAUAUCUUUAUAAAUAUCGCUGUUGAAUAGCAUUAUCAAAUGACUGCUUUGUUUAUUGAUUUGUAAUAAAACAUUGACUUAAUGAUA